AGCUCCACUUCCCACCGUCAAGAGGCACGGGGUAAUCGACUCACCUGGGGAACAAUGGCGAGCAAGGAUCAGCGUCCUAACCAGCGGCAGCAGCUCAGGCGGCCGGAACAGGCCGCCGGGCAGGAGGAACUUCCGCUGGAAAGCAGCCCCUACGUGAAGCACAACGACCUGGAGGAGUACAAGCAGGAGGCCUACGGGACGCAGGGGCACGUGCAGCCGGUGGACAGGGGCGCCGGCAGCACGGACGCGCCCACUCCGUCCGGUGGCACGUUGCCCGAGAGCAAACUAGGCGCCGUCCGACGUGCUGCUCCUCAGAACUAGUGGGUCUUUCCCCCCAUAUUUAUAUGUUUCACGCCUUAAUUUCCUUCGUUCUUUCUUUUGUUCGAGAGAAGAGAAAAUAGCAAAUAGAAGACAUGUAUGAGUAGCAUGUGUUAAUGGCAGCACUUUAAAUGAUGUGGUAGCGUUUCAUCUACCAUAAGAAUCGACUUUGCUUCUUCAUCUGCUGAAGUUGCCAUUGACGUACUUAUUUUCUGCUUUAUAAAAUAUGCAUAGAUUCAGGCUAAAUCAUUGCCUCAUGACAUGCAUGUCUCUAGCUCUUCAGGCUCGAUCUUUCAGGCAUUUAAAAUUAGAUCCU